AUGUCACAGCGUAACGGGCCAUACUUGGAAGGCGCCCUCAACAUAAUUUGGUUCCGACCGGAAGUCAAGACUAGGAUACAGCAAUUGCCCGCGUUUCGAGACAUUCCGGACCAGAGGGCCGAAGUCGUCGCUUUUAUGGUCAGUUCUUUGGCGCACGGCGGCUUGUCAUUCCCGCUGACACCCUACCGGAGGCUUGCCUCCCGCCAUUACCCCUUUCGACAUGGACGUGGUGCCAGCACAAUUGAUGUCCUGAUUGGAGCUGCAUGGAUUCCUCGUCAUGUGGCCAACGUCACCAACCCUACCUAUACCUGCGACAUCAAGGACAGCCCUCUCUCCAACUACGAGGCAACUUCGGGCUGUGAGAGCGGUGGGACAGCUUUUACAUGUACCAACCAGGCUCCUUGGGCAGUCAAUGAUCUUAUCUCGUAUGGAUUCGCAGCAACCUCUAUUAGUGGCGGCACGGAAGCCAGCUGGUGCUGUGCUUGUUACGCCUUGACUUUCACGUCCGGGAAAGCCAAGGGCAAAGUCAUGCUGGUACAGUCGGUCAACACAGGCGGAGACCUCAGUGGAAACCAAUUCGACCUGCAGAUUCCCGGCGGCGGCACUGGCAUAUUCGACGGCUGCACCACCGAGUUCGGCAGUUCCUGGGGCGCUCAAUAUGGGGGCAUUUCGAACCGCUCUCAGUGCUCGACCAUGCCAUCCAAGCUUCAGGCAGGCUGUGACUGGAGGUUUGACUGGUUCAGAAACGCUGACAACCCGACGCACACCUUCACUCAGAUCUCGUGUCCUGCGGAGCUCACAAGCAUCACUGGUUGCGUUAGGGACGAUGAUGCUAGCUUUCCGAAAUAUGUCACGCCUUCGCCGGCCACCUGGACAACUCCGACCCCGACAGCCACUGCUGCAGCAUACGCACAGUGUGAUAGCUUGACUUGGGAUGUAGCAAUGCUUCUUCAGCUCGACGAAGACAGCUUCAACUUCAUCUUCGUCGAGACCUGCCGUUACGUCAACAACUUUCACAACGACCUCGCAAGCCACGACAACAAGUACCUCUGGGGGAUCAACACAGUCCAAGUUCGGGCAAUGCGCUGGGAGCGGCUGGGCUGGACCGACAGUUUGCGCGUCCGGAAGCACAUGCUCAACGGCUAA